AUGAAGAUCCUUUACCUGCUCUUUGCUGUUAUCUUCUUGGUGCUCCUGGAUGCCCCAGGUUUCUCCCAUGCUCUGGUGACCCGAAAAGGGUGUAGACGCCGUGGGGGUGAAUGUCACUUUUGGCGGUGUCCCACCAAUGCUAGAUACCUUGACAAAUGCUUUUUUGGCCAUUGCUGUCAAAGUGGGAAAUUUCUUGCUGGUGAUAACCCGCAGGCUCGGAGGCCCUCUGAGGAGAUUUUCUGACUGAUUGUCUAAGCAGGAUCUCAGGGAAUCGGGCAGACAGCCACUUGCUUCUAAAAUCAUCAGAUCCUGCUUCAAUGGAACCCUGAAGUGCUGCUGUUCAUUUGGGCUGUAAAGAACCUUGUGAGCUGGAGAAAUUUAGAAGGGAGCCCUUUUAGCACCCAUAUAAGAUUUGUUACUCUCCUUUUAAUAAAAGCAAGCUGGUGUGAGAGCA